GUACUUCCGGGUCAGACGCCGAUACUUCCGUGUUUUCAUCGUAGCUUCGUGUGGCUAAAAUCAGGCCUAAAACCCGAAAAUCAAAUUAAAAUACGGACUGACCAACACUACAGUUUAUUCUACACCAUUCUUAAGCUCAGUGGCAGUGAUCAGCAGCAGGUGUAGUGUCUCUGGCUCUCCUUUAUCUCUGGGCUCAGUUCUGAACGGCUCAGAAUGGCCCACUUCAGGAGCUACAUCUGGGACCCGGUUCUGAUCGUGUCACAGAUUGUCCUCAUGCAGUGCAUCUAUUACAGCUUUCUGGGCCUGUGGCUGGCUGGAGUCGAUGGUCUGGUCCAAACUAGUCGCUCUCUCAACCAGAUCUUCAGUUAUGAGAUCCUGGGUUUUGCCACAAUGCAAGGCAGGCUGUCAAUGAUGGCAUUCAUAUUAAAUUCACUCCCCUGCGCCCUCGGUCUGUGGUUCUUCAUUCGUCGGGGAAAACAGUGUCUGGACUUCACCGUCACUGUUCACUUCUUCCACAUGAUUGGCUGCUGGAUCUAUAACUCUCACCUUCCCGCCUCUCUAGCCUGGUGGCUCGUCAACGUAGCGUCCAUGGCUUUGAUGGCGGUGAUCGGCGAAUACUUGUGCAUGCGAACUGAACUCAUGGCGAUACCGGUCAACACGGGACCUAAAUCCAACCUCUAAAAAACUCCAUAGACUUCAAUGUGAACAAGUAUUUUCACUGAAAGAGUAUUACGAAUGCCCACAAGUAGCGUGCCAUGCUAACUCUUGGGUAUUUUUGUUUUUGUUUUGAUAAUGACGAGAUGGACUUCUAUUUAUUAAAAGCUGUCGGUGAACUGCUAUUGAAAAGAAUAAGACUGUGCUUUUUAAUGGAAACCAAUGGAGAGGUAAAAUCCUGUGAACAAGAACUUUAUAUAAGGUGUUUUUCAUUUGAAAUUGUUGCAAGCUUUCGUGUUGGCAUUUUUAUGGAAGAACAGUUUUAGAGAUACUUUUUUUUUUUUUCUUCUAUAGUAACAGUAGAGGUUGUGGAUGGAAAUUCUGAAUAUAUGGUCACUUUAUUAUGUUCUGAAUGCAAGUAUUGAGUCAACAAAUUAUAGAGGUAGUUCACUGCAUUUUGUUCUGUGACAAAUCUGCAUCAGAAUGGAGAAGAAAUACCAAAACUGGGACCGGGACUGGGACUGGGACUUGGACCGGGACUUGGACCGGGACUUGGACCGGGACUUGGACCGGGACUUGGACUGGGACUAGACCAAACCAAAUCUACAUAUGGACUAAACCAAACCAGAAAUGGUCCUCUUUUGGGUUAACUCUUCAGAACUUUUUAGUCAGUGUUGUCCUAUUUUAGACCUGGUUCAGACCAUGUUUAAACCUGGUUUUGAUCCGAUGGUACUCAGAAAGCCAACGUAUUUUUUUAGGGUGCUAAUUGGUGCGAAGAGUUUGAAAACCCAUUUUUCCUGACGUGUUGAUUCCACAUGAGAAAUUACUUGCAUAUUUUACAAAUAAAAUACAUAAUUAUGAGGGCCAAUAGUGCUAUUAAAGUCUCAUAAUUGCUUCUACACUCUGAUGCUCGGGACUGGACUGGGACGGGACUGGGACGGGACUGGGAAUGGACCAGGUAUUUCUAUGCCAUAUGUGCAGUUGACAGACUUUUGCAUGCAGAAGAAACCUUUAAACAUUUGUACCUAUAACUGGGGAGUAAAUGGCAUUUGUGUAAGUGGAGUGACCCAUUGAAAUACUGUACACACUACGUAAUGAGCUCGAUAUCUUGUUUAUAGCCAACAGUGUAAAUUAUGAGAGGUUUAAAUCUUUAUGCGUUCAAAAAUGUUGGGACACGUCGACAAAGUUUUUAAAUGAGAUAAACUAUAGAACAUAAACAACAUUGUAGGGCUGGCUAAGAUAGUUUUGAAGUACCACAAUUUUCUCCACAAAGUACAAAAUAUCUUAUUCAGACUCAAAGCUGCUAACCCUGUAGUUUAGAUCUGUAUAAACAUGUUCUGAAAUGUGAUUCUUGUAUUAGUUUGCCAGUUCAUAUUUCAGUCUUUUUGUAAUUUCUUAGUUCAGAAUGUGAACUUUGAACAGAAUCUUUUCAUUAAAACCUUAAUCAAAAAAUCUAAUCACAAUCUAAAAAAUUUGUUAGAUGUUUUUCCCAAAUUGCAUCACCCUAAUGGUUGAAAAGAUCAUUUGAUAUUUCUUGAUAAAACUACAUAGUGCAUAUAUAGUAAUGCCAUUAUAAAGCCUGGUCAGAUGUAACGACUUCCUCUUUUGUAAUUUGAACCUAAAAGUCAAUACUAUCGCAAGUGUAUUUUUGUUCACAUUUGUUUAACCAGCCUUUUGUUGUUCUGGUCUAAUUUAUGGGUUUCAACUUCCUGGUAAUUGGCACCACUUUUGAGUUGCUAUGGUAACAGUGCAAAUUUUUAAUAAUCUCAACUGAACAGUGGUGGAAGAAGUGCUCAGUUUUGGUAUUUAAGCAAAAGUACAAAUACCAGAGCAAAAAAAUAAAUAAAAAAUUGUCAACUAAAAGUAAAGGCAUCACAUGAAAAAAUCUUUUUAAAUAAAAGUAGCAAAGUUCCUGUUUAAUAUUGUACUUGAAGAGAAGUUUUUCAUGCAGAUUUUGAGAUGUAUUCAAGCUUCAAAUGUAGUGAUUUUGAUAAAGAAUUUUGCCCAACAGAAACAAUUGAAUCAAUAUUUUAGUUAGUUUUUAUUUGCCUUAUUUGCUCAAAUUAUGAACAUGUUAAAAAUAAAACCUCAGCCUUUUCAGCAGGUCUCAAACUAUAAUAAAAAAUACUUUUACUUUUCGAUGCUGUGGAGUAGAAAGUACUGAUACCUGCUCUCAAAUGUCACGAAGUAAAAGUAAAACCCACUUUAAAAUAAAAAUUGAAGUAUAGAUGCCUAAAAUUGCAUAGUACUUUAUUACUUGUACUUCGUUACAUUCCACCACUGAAAACAAUACAUAGAAAGUGCACAUUAAAGGGCGUAUUCUUUAUAUUAUGUUGUGUUUGUUCUAUGUGCUGCUUCACAUUUGUUACAUUUUCUUGUGUCCAAACUAUUUUUGAAUUUGUCCAAAUAUGUAACAUCUGGAAAAUCUCUUGUCAUAAAGGCCUUUUUGAGCUCCUUUGCACAGCGUUCUUUCCAUACUCAAUACUCAAAACAUGACCAC